CCAGCCCCCCCCGCCAUGGCUGAGGAGUUGGAGCCAUUGCUGGGGGGUGAGGGCUUCUUGGACCACUGGAAUAUGCUCCCUGAUAACAUCAACUCUUUCCUGGAUGAUCCGCCUGAAUGGCAGGAGCUGAGCCCCCUGGGGCCCCCCCCGGAGCCCCCCCCGGCGGUGCUGGUGCCGCCCCCCCCCUCGCUGCCCCCCUCCCCGGUCGUUCCCUCCACCGAAGAUUAUGGGGGGCACUAUGACUUCCGGUUGGGGUUCCUCGAAGCCGGGACCGCCAAGUCCGUCACCUGCACCUACUCCCCGGAGCUGAACAAGCUGUACUGCCGGCUGGCCAAGCCCUGCCCGGUGCAGGUGAGGGUGGGGGUCCCCCCGCCCCCCGGCGCCGUGCUUCGCGCCAUCGCCGUCUACAAGAAAUCCGAGCACGUGGCCGAGGUGGUGCGGCGCUGCCCCCACCACGAGAGAUGUGGGGGGCCCGGAGACGGCCUGGCCCCCGCUCAGCAUCUGAUCCGGGUGGAGGGGAACCCCCAAGCCCGUUACCAUGACGACGAGACCACCAAACGCCACAGCGUGGCUGUGCCCUACGAGCCUCCCGAGGUGGGUUCCGAUUGUACCACGGUUCUGUACAACUUCAUGUGCAACAGCUCCUGCAUGGGGGGCAUGAACAGGCGCCCCAUCCUCGCCAUCCUCACGCUGGAGGGGCCGGGGGGUCAGAUUUUGGGGCGCCGCUGCUUUGAGGUGCGCGUCUGCGCCUGCCCGGGUCGGGACCGCAAAAUCGAGGAGGAGAAUUUCCGCAAGAGGGGAGGGGGCCAAAGCGGAGCCAAACGAGCGUUGCCCCCCCCGGCUGAAGCCCCCGAGAGCUCCAAGAAGCGGAUGCUGAACCCGGACCCCGAAGUUUUCUGCCUGCAGGUCCGCGGGCGGCGCCGUUAUGAGAUGCUGAAGGAGAUCAACGAUGCGCUGGAGGCGGCCGAGGGGGGGGCGGCAGCGCCACUGCCACCGAAGGGUCGCCGCCCGCGGGGGGAGGGGCUGGUGCCGAGGAGCGGGAAGAAGCUGCUGCUCAAGGCGGAAGUGGCGGACUCCGACUGACCACGCCCCCUUUGCUUGCAAGCCACGCCCCCUCCCCAUGCCCAGGCGGCGGAGCCCCCCGCCCCUUUUGCUAAGCCACACCCCCUCAACCUAAAUAUGGUCAUGCGAGCGCGCGAUAACCAUGCGUCUAUCCCAGGCCGCGCCCCCUCCGUCACAGCCCCGCCCCUUCGCUAAGCCACGCCCUCCCAGCCCAAUACGGUCAUGACUUGUCCCUUGGCCACGCCCCUUCCCCAAAGCCCCGCCCCGUCGCUUUGGCCACGCCCCCGGCGUGUUUUUAAGGCUCUUUUUAUACAAUAAACGUCUUUUUUGUACUGCC